ACAGAAAGUGGCGGGGGUGGAGAGGAUGAUCCUACUACUUCACCGACCUGUGCUGCUCCUGGAGGUCGUGGUGCUUCUUCUACAACUACAGAACAAGCGAAGAAGAUGUCCUCCAAGAAGAAGUCGUCUCCUGGCGGAAAUAUUUCUCCCAGCACUUUGUACCAAGCAACCACUCCGGACGUGAGCACCGUUCCACACUGGCUUUCCGGAAAACCGGUGUACAGCGGCGAACUCCCGGACUUCGACCCCAGCAGCGUCUUGCUCUACGUUCUCCCGGAAGACGCUGCCAUGGUCGUCGACGAGGCCAAUCGCCUGCGGAAACUCGCAAAUCCCGGAGGUAGAAAAAAGAAUCGGAUUUUUGCAAUUCUUUUUCUUGAACUCAAGAGGAUCAACAGGUGUUUUACUUUUAGGAUUUUGGGUUUGUCGUCCCCACCUCGAUUCAAAAGCAUACCCAGUCAUGUGUUGCAAAGUACGUCGCGCUUCUAGCAAUUAAUAGACUUUAUGGAAUAUGAGAGACUGGGGGCGCUGGCUUUGAUUUCGUGUUGACUUAUUUAACGGCGUCAGUCCUGCUACUGCUUCAUGUAUAAUCUCCAACCAGGCACAAUACCGAACCCCCGCGUUUCUUACGUCGCGUGUGAUUGGCAACCGGAAGAGUUGGGUGAAAGUUGGCGAGACAAUUUCGGUGGUGAUUCGCGGAAUAACUGGCACAUCUUGAAUCCCUUUCCCCACUGUGGAGCGCACGAAACCCAAUCCAACUUGGUCAUCGAGGAAAAUCCGACCUUUGCCGGGAAGCAGAUGUUGCGCACGUUUGCGUUGUUUCCGAGUCUGGCGAAUUUAGUGGCCAUGAAACUGGACUUGUUCGCGAAGUAUAUCGCUGUCGUAGAGGAAUUGCGCCACUGGAUGUUUCAGAAGACACUGCAGUUGAUGAAACAACACGUGAAAUUUCCCAAUUUUCUGUGGGACUUCGAGGAGGACGAAGAUGCAGACUUUCGCGAAGAUAGUGCUAGCACCGCAUCUUCCCAAGAGCUAGCGUUGCUUGUGACGCGACUGUACGAAAUCGAGCAGCAAAAUCUGUCGCCUUGCAGCAAGGCCAGAAUGCAGGCUGCGCAGGGCAUGACCUUGUUGGAGCGGCAAGCUUCCGCGGAGGACAAUAUUAAAUGCGCUACGACAAAAACGGGCACAGGAGAAGGAGCUGACGCGGUACCAGAAGAGAAAAAGCAGCAGACAGAUGACGAAGAGGAGCCACCUUCGCAGCCAAUCAUGGACAAGAACGGCAUCCGGGCGCACGCAAUGAUAAAUUUUAUCCGUACCAGCAGUGCCAGCAUCAACUCCUUUAGCGACCUCCACAGUCUGCUAAACGCAAAGAAGGUCAGAGUCCCCGGGAUGAGCAGAAGCACCACACCGACCGCUUCGUCAGGUAGUCCCCCACAGAAGGAAGCCGCAACAGGCUUGCUGGCCGGAUCCCUGUCGCGUGCGUCUGCCAUUGGAUCUGGAAAUAGGACAUCAGGAACAAGCGGACCGGCUUUUGGCUAUGCGCAGCUACACGGAGCAGGAGGCGUGUCCUCGAGUGGACCAUCGAUCAAUGUUGCAUCAAGCGACGGUCUGAACAAAUGUCCCGCCAACAUGCGGGACGCAGAGGCGGUGGAAACGCUGGUCAGCUUCUUCUUUGAGACCGAGAUCGCCAUGAAAAAUCGCGUCCUCGAGAUCGAAGACGGCGAGACGCACGCGAAGCGCGUCGUUUCGGAGGACCGAGUGCAAAACAUCCUUGCGUGGGCAGCGAUUCCCGGGUUCGAGACGCUGGCGGCGCGGUGGGUCGGCCCGGGGCAGUUUGCGAAACCGGCGCAAGCGCAACACGACCGGGAGGCGCUUCAUCUCCGCCGGCUGGCUACGCAUUUGGAAAUCCGGAGGGAGUACGUCCGUAAGUUGGUCGAGUCCGCCGCCGCGGAGGCCAAUUUCUUCGAAAAUCGCCCCGAUUUGGUGUACAGCGCGCAGCAGGCCCGGGCCGGUAAUACUAUGUCCGCUUCUUUGGGCAGGCAAACUACAUCGCAUUUUGAUUUCUCCGGGCGCCAGCUCCUGUCCGGCGGCGGCUCGUUCCCGUCGGACGCCGACGGGUUGCCCGGACAGCCAAAAUUCGCGCGGGAGCUGACCACGCUGUCGCGCGUGCACGUCAAUGCGGUCUCCUUCUUGUUCGGCUCCGCAGUGACCAACCACCAGGAGGAAGUGCUGGCUUGGUACGAGUUGGAUCAGAUCUGCAGCUUGAAUAGGAGAGCGCUGCUGACGAGCGGGACGACGAGCAAGGAACACCAGUUGCGUGAGGCGGUAAUACAAAACCGGAACACGAACAAGCAACUCGCCAAGUUUGUCGUCGGCACUCCGCAACGCCCGCGGGACUUUUCGCAUAUAACGACGUCUUUGUUUUUGAAAUCCCUACGGAAACGCAACUUCUUCCAUCACCGCGUUGAGCUGUGCAAGUACGUGACAAAUGCGCAGAGCCCGAAGCGGCAGCAGCAGCUGGAGGCGGAGCAGGCAGAGAUCGUUGGAAAGCUCCUGCAGGAGCAACCUAGUAGUAGGUGCAGCUCUAAGAGCUCUGCGUAUAAUUCUGAAGACGAUGCGUCAACGACACUGUUGGCGAACAGUUUACGGCUGAUCAACUUGCAAUGGGAGCGGAAGGCGGGGAACGCGUUUGGCAGGUUUUCCUUGCGCACCAUGGGCGAGUUGCUGCAAACGAUCGACGAGGUUGACAGCGGCACGACGACCGGACCAACAACUGUUCAAAAUACUGGAGGCCCCGCGGCCGUUUCUACUUUGUCAUCUGCACUACCCCCGGGCUCCUCGUGCACUGCUAAUCCUGACUACAGUACUAUGAAUCCGGUUUUGAAGAUGAAUCCAAACGCGAGACAGGAGGUACAGCAGGAUUUGCGGGAAGCUUUGCUGGAUUUCCUGCAAAACUUCGGGUUGGUAGCGGAGCUGGUGCACAGUCGGGAGCGUUACCUGCAAACUGAUUUCAUUCAACUCGCGAAAGCCGGUGUGUGGUGGCUGUGGCUAGCCCAAAAAACAGACGAGGCUGGCGUGCGGCCGCUCAGCCCCCGCGCACUGCUGGAGCCCAUUCUUGGGUCCGGGCUGCACCAGUUCCGGGACGAGCAGCACGUUAGGAGCGCGAGUGCAUCAACAGCCUCGACAAGCGAGGGCCGUUGUUCUCGGGGACCGUCCGCAAACGAAAAGACCCGAGUACAAGCUGCCCAUAAAGUCGCUCAUUCCAGGAAAUCUUCUUCGAAGCGCCAGGAUCCCACUGGCCGUGGCGAAGGUGCUACUACCUACGGCAUGGAAGUGGACCAGGAACUACACGAGGGGGGUAGCAGUAGCAAUAGCAUGGUAAAUAGCGACGAUAUGGACGUGGAUGAGGAGCAGACGAAUGCGCCCCCGGGAGAUCUGGACGAUGUUAUCGACGAUGAUGUUGAAGCCGGGACGGCUGGCACAGACGUGGAAUCCACACAGGCCGGAUCGACUCCUCCGGUUACGCCGCGCGGCAGUGCCGCAGUGCCUCUCCAAGAGGAUCAUGCGCUUGGGGGUGAGGACGGCGAAAUGGUAGACGAGCACCAGGCCUCGAGCCUGCCUAGUUCAAAACCUGGCGACAUCGUGGAGCAGGACUGUCAAGGGCUCCAUCGGCAGGUUAGUUCUUCCUCUGCAGCGUCCGUCGGCACGUGCGACGAGCUGGUCGAGCAGCUUUUUGCGCCGGACCGAACGGACUGCAGGAUCAUUGACGGCUUGCACGAGAAUGACCUGGACUUCAGUGAGGAGUUCCUCGCAAAAGAUGAGUCCCAGGAGCUUCACGCGGCUAGCGAGACUGCGCGAGAAUAUAAUCGUCUUCAAGGGGAGCAAGGAAAUGGCGGUGCUGCUACUACGAACGGAACUACGAGCGCCCCGCCGACGCUGCUCUUGUACCGGCUCUCCCCUAUGAUGUCCUCAGCUGGGUCAUCCGGGUCUCUGGCAUCAUCAACAUCCUCUGGACAAGGAGGCGGUGCGGCCGAACAGGGUGCUCGAAGCGAUACUGCAAAUGAUAUGGAAGUGGAUCUAGGUGCACUAGAUCAUCACGAAGUAGAGGGUGGCCAGCAUGUGCAGAACAGCCACGGAACGCCGGCAACAGGUAGCGUUGAAAUAAAAGAGCCUGUGAAGACGGGCACCGCCAGUGCUCUACCUGUCGCGAUCGAACCUACUGGUUCUCUAAACACAGCAGAUGCACAACACCUGCCACUGAAAGUCCAGCUCGAUCCGAACCAUCUAGAAGGGCUGUGUAUCGUUCGCGUGAAUCCGGAAGUACAAGAGGAUCUUCAUGGAGAGAAAACCGAUAGUCACGUUGGCGACGCCAUCGUGAUUCGACACGAGCUCUUCCCGCGCCCGUACACGGAAGUGCGGUUUCUGCAGACCGGCAUCCAGACGCAAAUCGACCCCAGAAGAAUCACGGUCGUUGCAAACGGGGAGCUGUUUUUUCCUUUGGUAGAAGUGGAAAGAGACGUGGGAUUCGACCAGACAGUGCGGUAUCAGGCCUACUUGCUAAAACCAGUCGUGGUGAGCAACCUGACUCAGAACACAGAGGAGGUCCAGCACAACUCUAAGUCGUCUCCCACAGGACGAUCUUCGACGUCCAAGAAGUUUUUGUCCAAAAAAUCCGGGAGGUCUGAGAAAGAAGACCUCGGCACAGCACGCGCCGAGGGUAUGCGUUUCAGAUUUCUCGUGGCGGACAGCCACUUCACCACCAGUUUCUCUGAAGUCGACGCUCUGGACAUCACCGUCUUGAAAGUGCCCAUGGCAGUCGCCGGAAGUUCCUCGCCAUCUCAAGCGAACAGAAAUAUAGCCACGACCACCGCGCAGGAGCUACAGCCGACUACAGGCGAAAUAAACACCGCCGCCACCACGGCACCGACCUCGUUGGCAAACUUUUUGAUGCAACACCUACCGAAAUUCGCCGUGAGCACCGAGUUCCGGGUCGUGCGGGUCCAUCGAUUUUUUUCUGCGGAGCAACGGCAACCUAUUGACGUCGAGGAACUCGUUGACGACACGAUCAAAUUCAGCAGCGCCUCGGUGGACGAAUCCGGGAAUAAAGAGUCCUGUAACGCGUGGAUCAGCUCCCUGCAACUGUCCACGAACGCGGUGGCAAAGUGGUUUUUUCCGUUUUUCGACUUGGAGACGGUGAAGCUCCACUACAAAACCGCGGGUAUGGGGGCCAAGGGACCGACCGUGCGGGUGAAGUGCGCCACGGACGAGGAAAAGCACGCCGUGAUGCGCAUGAAGGCGGAAUACGAGGAGACGGAGCGAGUCGCGGCACAAAUAGCAGAAAACCGGAUCCAUGAGCUCGCCGAGAACGUUUUGCAAGCGCUGCGCAGCAUCGGGGUGCACCCGUUUUUGCAGCUUCCGCCGGAACUGGUCACCAGGCUGUACUACGGCGGUGAUAGUACGACUACGAUUUCAACUGCACAAGCAAGGCGUGCAAUUCAUCCGGAACAAUCAAAAGCGUUACCGCAGCAAGGCGCAAUACGUCCGAGCGGGCCGACGCCGAGUGCAACUUCUAUUCCUCGCAACCACGGUAAUACAACUGGCGGAAUCAAAGGAAAUAACGCUGGUGGUGCUUCAUCUCCCAAGAACGGUACACGAAAUGUUGAUCCAAAAGCCUCCGAGCACCAGGUGUUCGGGAUGGUGGGCCGCAAGAACGUAACGGGGGGGAGGGCAGCCCCAGCGCCAGAGGAGGACCCAGCGGAGCAAGACCUUGACGCCGUAUCCAAACUUCUCUUCACCUUGGGUGGCCGCGCAACGAACGCGGCUUUAGUCAAGCGCCCCGAUUUCUUGGCGAAGAGGCGAACCAGGCCCCACAAUUCCCACGUCGGGCCGUUGUUUCUGCGUAUGCUGCAGCUCGGGGACCUGGAGCGACAAGCGGCCGCAGGAACGGAUGUCCGAUUGCACCGCGAUACCUACAGAAGUCAGCUGGGUACUGAUAGAUCACUUUCUGCUUGUCCUUGUUGUGUCAAGAAGAAUGCUUUCGCUUUUAUUAAAGGUAGCUCUACUUGUAUUUCUCCUCGUCGUCGUCCUCGCGGCCUCUCCUAGUUUUUCAUCGGGCCGUUCUGACGGAGAGUGAAAGAAACGCAUUUAUGAAGACCUGCUGAAAAUCACACAACAGAGGAUGUCUUCCGCGAGACAAAAUACCCCCACAUUCGCGACCGGAUUCUACGGGAAUUGGACUCGCACGAGCUCGGCGCGGACCCGGAGGCCGCCGCACCUGGCGCCGUUCAGAUUGCGCACUGGGCGUUAAAUUUUGCUAUUAGCAACCUCUACCUCCUGGCCGCACAGGAAGAACACGAGUCCGCGCUCUUUCCGGUUGGUGUGUCCCAUGCCAUGGUCAUCAACGGGGAGCCGGACGAUUCCAUGGGUUAGAAAAUUGCGCGUAAUAGUAAGCAGAGAGACUGUAGUCAUGACGAGAUGUGAUGGAAUGGGAACCACAUCAUGCAAGUAUCCACAAGUGUGAGGCGUAGUUCUGAGACACAUACUUUCUCAUGGUAGAAAGAUAUUUUUCCUGCUUGAGACCUUUUCCAUUGAUUCUGUUUGACAAAAGUGAGUCCAGAUUUUUUCUCCUUUGCGAUGUAGCGUGCGCGCCCAUACGCAUACGUAGUAGGAAGUUUUAGAGAAUACAACAAAGAUGACAAUAUGAUUGCGUACCACCUCCGCGAAGGGCAAGGGUGAAGAUACAUAGUGCCACCACGUCAAAUUUUCCAAUUGUCACUAAUCUUUGACACAAGUUUGAUGUCUCCUUAUGGUGUGGCGUUGUAUGCACUAUUUUUUGAGGGAAUACAGUAAAUUCUACACGUUGCUUGCUUGCAUUUUAGCACUUCGUACGUUCAAUUUUGGAAAUGGUUAGAUAAAAAUGAUGUAACUUUCUUGCUUUUCUUGGAUCGAAGUAGCCAGGAAAGCUCUAAGCAUCGGAUUUUCAGCCAAUGACAAUGCUGAAUUCCUCUUUCGUUUUUCUGUUGUGAUCCCGGAAGAUUCACAUCUUGAUUAUUUCGACCUCGGAUGGAAACACAUUCAGUGAAAGGAUGAUUUGGUAGUAGUUUUGCAUGGUAAAACAAUGAAUGAAAAUAAUUCUCAAGAGAUGAACUUGUAUGUAGGAAAAUGCACUAGGGAAUAUAAAUUGUCUUCCCGGAGAACACGACAACGCCACGUCUAGAAAAAGCUAGCUUGCCAAACGGAAAUACUGUACCUGCUGCGAUUUGGUUCCGAGCAAAGCCAUGAUGUCGGCGAUCGCCAUGCGUCAUUCCCGGUCUUUUUCUUUUCGCCGGCUCGUUGCGAGAGGCGGUUCUCGAGAAGGGAACCAAGUAAGUAUUUUUUUGCGUACUACUUGUUGGCCGCUUCGCUUUCGCAUUCACAUUUAUUACGACGAGCAAAGGCGAACUUGUUUCACCGCGCUGACAAAAGUGCACGUCUGAGGGAAGCUUCAGAAGCGGAGAGGUCUGCAAAUUUCAACGAGAGCUGCGCAUAGCGAGAGUGUAGUCGCUUGAGCUCCCGCACUGGUACUCAUGGG